AUGGCUGCAGAAACCCCAACAUCGUGGAGCCAGUGGUUAGGUCUUGCUGAAUGGUGGUACAACACAACCUUCCACUCCGUUAUACGCUCAACACCCUAUGAGAUAAUUUAUGGACAGCCACCUCCACUACACCUUCCUUAUCUUCCAGGUGAGAGUUCAACACCUAUUGUGGAUUUCAGCCUGCAAAAACGUGAAGAAGUCAUCAAUAUGCUAAAGUUUCAUCUGCUCAUAGCUCAGAACAGAAUGAAACAAUACGCCGAUGCUCAUCGUUCGCAACGCGAGUUCAAGAUUGGAGACUUUGUUUACUUGAAGCUCCAGCCAUACCGCCAACACACUCUCAGAAAACGAAAGAUGCCUCACAAUUGCUUACAAGCUGUCCCUACCCACGAAGCUGCUAUCCAUGAUACUUUUCAUGUAAGCCAGCUCAAGCUUUUCCCCAACCCACCUGAUUCAGCUCCCGACAUCCCUCAGUACUGGAUUGAUCUCUGGCUAUCCAAAGAACUUGAGGCAAUUUUGGAAACAAAGCAGUCAAAUAUCACAAUGCUGCUGCUACAAAAGUUCUGGUUCAAUGGAAGGGAGAAACACCUGCAACUGCUACUUAUGGAUUCUUCGUCACCUCAACAUGAAGAUACCAGAGAUGAUGAUGAACCUCAGGGAAACGAAGAUGAGAUUGGGACAACUAGUCCUGCUCCUGCAAGUGGCAACAAACGGAAGAAGAAGUCAGCUCCACAUGUUAAGAAGAAGAAGAAUACAAGUACAAGGUCAGAAUAUUGGCAGCACUACACAAGACUGAAGGAGAACAGGAACAAAUGCAGCUGUAACUACUGCGGUCGAGUUAUGUGUUGUGGAACGGUCAAUGGCACUUCCUGUCUGAAGAAGCAUAAUGGUAUCUGCAAGGAAUAUCAGUCAUGGAAGCAAAGUCAGUCUCAGACUCAGCAUACUUUGAAUGUCGAGAGUGGUGAUGAAGAUGGUGUUCAGUUGAAGCUGUCUAGGGUUUCUAAUGACGUUGUAAGGGAAGCUACUAAUGAGAUGCUUGUCAUAGCCGAGUUGCCACUCUCCUUUGUUGAUAGCUUGGGAUGGAGGCACUUCUGCAACAAGGUUAAUCUACCUAAGCCACACUCACGCAGAACAGCAACUAGGGACAUCGUAGAGUUGUAUGCAAGGAAGAAAUCAGAUUUGAUGCAGCUGAUCAGUGGCAACAAGCAGAGGGUUUCUUUAACUACAGACAUUUGGGUUGCACCGAGCACAUCAUCUAGCUACAUGGUCGUCACAGCACACUUCAUCGAUGCCAGAUGGAAACUGAGGAAAUUCAUCAUUGGGUUCAAGCAUGUAGUGGAUCAUAAGGGGACGACAAUAUGCUCUGUCUUGCUGGAGGUAAUGGCUGAAUGGGGAAUAACGAAGGUGUUUACAAUAACAGUUGACAAUGCCACUGCGAACACUAAUGCUCUGAAGCUGUUUACGGAUGCGUUCAACGCUUUAGGACCUCAGUCCUUGGUAUUGGGAGGUCAGUUUCUGCAUCUUCGCUGUUGUGCUCACAUCAUCAACUUGGUUGUGCGAGAUGGUUUGCACGAGGUGGAUGCGAGUGUGUCUGCAAUUAGGAACGCUAUACAGUAUAUCAGAGCUUCUACCAAGAGAGUCGAUUCAUUUGAUCAGAAGGUUGAGUCAGCAAAGAUGACAAGAGGUAGCUUAUCGUUGGACUGCAAGACACGAUGGAAUUCAACAUACUUGAUGUUGACAAGAGCUAUGAAGUUUAGGGUGGCGUUUGAUAGAAUGGCAGUUGAGGACAAGCUUUACAAUGAUCACUUUCAAGAGACUGUGGAGGGCAAGAAGAGGGUUGGACCACCAACUUCAGAGGACUGGGAUAAAGUGGAGAGUUUGGUCAAGUUCCUGGUAAUAUUCUAUAACUCCACUUUAGUUGUCUCUGCUUCUAACUCGCCUAGCUCCUACAAGUGCUACAAUGAGAUCGUCACUAUAGAAAGGAAUCUGAUUACACUGAGUAAUAGUACGGAUGAGAAGCUUAGGGAAAAGGCUUUGGUUAUGAGAGCAAAGUUUAGUAAGUAUUGGAAUGGUCUAAAAGAUAUUAAUAGGCUGUUGAUUGUUGCAAGUGUCCUUGAUCCGAGGAACAAGAUGAAAUUUGCUGGUCUUUGUUUUGAAAAACUUUAUGGGAAAGAUAGUCCACAGGGUAAGGUGCUCAACGACUCAGUCAAUGAUGUUAUGGAAAGGCUUUUUGAUGAGUACAACACCUCUGGAGCAUCAAAUACUGCUGCAACAUUUGGUUCAUCGUCUCAGUCUCAAAGUCAGAGUGCUCAAGAGUCACAAGAUGGGGUUGCGAUGGAUUCUUCUGAUGAGGAUGCGUAUGGGUAUGAAAGAAUGGAUUCCUUAUACAAGGAAAUGGUGAACGAGUUGGGUUUUGAGGAUGCAAGCACUGAGUUGGAGCUAUACUUGAAGGAGAAAGUAGAAAAUCCUAAACCCAAUCCUCUAGGAAUUCCGUUUGAUGUUUUAGGUUGGUGGAGGAUCAACAGUUCAAAGUACCCGAUCUUAGCUGCUAUAGCUAAAGAUGUUCUAGCUAUGCAAGUCUCUUCUGUUGCAUCAGAGUCUGCCUUUAGCACUAGUAAUCGAAUCCUUGAACCAUCCAGAAGUUGCUUGACCCACUACACGCUUGAGGUCCUCAUGUGCACAGAACAAUGGCUUAAGUGUGAGAUUCAUAUCAAUGAAAAAAGUGUGGUGUCCAAUCAGCAAGUGAUUUCUGAAAUUGAACUACAAGAUGAACUUCAAAAAGUUUAUCUUUGA